UCUUUUUCUUUCUUUUUCUUUUAUUUUUACUAUUAUCAAACAUGACCAAAGACCAUAUUGAUGAAGAAUACUUAUUCGAAGAUACCAAGUAUCUUUCAUCCGAAGUACAAUCAAAGUUACAUGAAGGAUAUAAACUAUAUCCACUACGAUCCAAUGAUUACUACCGUGGUUAUCUCGACGUACUCUCUGUCUUGACAGAGGUAGGCAAACAUACAAUUGACACUUGGAAUCAACAGUUUGGUUAUAUGAAGAAACAUAAUGACACAUAUUACACAAUAACGAUAACAGACGAAAGAAAUGAUCGUAUAGCAGCUACUGGCACUAUACUUGUUGAGCAUAAAUUUGUCCAUACAAAUGGACUUGUUGGCCAUAUUGAAGAUAUAGCAGUAGACGCAUCUCAUCAAGGUAAAAAACUAGGGAUCAGAAUCAUUGAAGCCCUUAAGCAUAUUGCAGAGCAAACAGGCUGUUACAAAGUCAUUUUAGAUUGUUCAGCCAAGAAUAUACCGUUUUAUGAAAAAUGUGGAUUUACUUUAAAAGAGAAUCAAAUGGCAUGGUACAUUUCAAAUAAACCACAUUUAUAA